CCGAGGCGGAGAUGCUGGAAGCGGGGGCAGUCCCGGCCUUUUCCGCGCCCCCCCUCCUCUCUCCUCCCCCCGGCGCGGGGACUCUUACUGCAGCGGGGAGCCCGGGCAGCCCCGCAGGCGUCCCCGCACCGCGGGAGAGGGACCGGCCCGUCCGUCCGCCCGGCGAGGGAGGGAGAUCGGUUCCAGCUCCGUGCCUGUCCCGCUCCUCGCCCUCUCUCCUCCCGCCAUCAGCCCCCGGGAUGCCUCCCAACCUCACCGGCUACUACCGCUUUGUCUCCCAGGAGAACAUGGACAACUACCUGCGCGCUUUAGAUAUCAACGUGGUCCUGCGAAAACUGGUUUGCCUCCUGAAGCCUGAUAAAGAGAUCAUCCACACGGGAGAUCACAUGGUCAUCCGCACCAUCACCUCCCUGCGGGACUACGUGAUGGAUUUUGACCUGGGAGUCCAGUUUGAGGAAGACCUGGGACCCGUGGAUGGACGCAAGUGCCAGACAACUGUCUCCUGGGAGGGGGACCAACUGGUGUGUGAGCAGCUAGGAGAGAAGAGGAACCGAGGCUGGAGGCACUGGCUGGAGGGGGACCAGCUGCAUCUGGUGAGGAGGGGGUCCAGCUCGGCUUCCUAA